AUGAGAUAUGGCCUGGAUAGCACAGCCAGUGCAGCACGGGAACUGGUCAUCCAGCGGCUGGGUCUGGUGAGGAGUCUGUGUGAGAGCGAGGAGCAGAGGCUGCUGGAACAGGUGCAUGGUGAAGAGGAGCGGGCCCAUCAGAGUAUACUGACGCAGCGAGUACACUGGGCCGAGGCACUGCAGAAGCUCGACACCAUCCGCACCAGCCUGGUGGACAUGCUCACCCAUCUGGAUGACCUCCAGCUGAUUCAGAAGGAGCAGGAGAUUUUUGAGAGGACGGAGGAAGCAGAGGGCAUUUUGGAUCCCAAGGAGUCGGAAAAGUUAAACUUUAAUGAGAAGUGCACUCGCAGCCCACUACUGACCCAACUCUGGGCGACAGCCGUUCUCGGGUCCCUCUCAGGCACGGAGGACGUGCGUAUCAACGAGAGGACUGUCAGCCCGUUCCUGCAAUUGUCAGAUGAUCAAAGGACCCUGACCUUCAACGCCAAGAAGUCCAAGACCUAUGCAGAUGGCCCGGAGCGCUUUGACCACUGGCCCAAUGCCCUGGCCACCACUUCCUUCCAGGCUGGGCUGCAUGCCUGGAUGGUGAACGUCGAGAACAGUUGUGCCUAUAAGGUGGGUGUGGCCUUAGGCCAGCUGCCCCGCAAGGGUUCUGGCAGUGACUCUCGUCUGGGCUACAAUGCCUUCUCCUGGGUCUUCUCCCGCUACGACCAGGAGUUCCGUUUCUCACACGAUGGGCAGCACGAGCCCCUGGCACUGCUGCGCUGCCCAGCUCAGCUGGGGGUGCUGCUGGACUUGCAGGCACAGGAGCUGCUAUUCUACGAGUCAGCCUCGGGCACGGUGCUCCACACCCACCACGCGUCCUUCCCUGGGCCCCUCUUCCCAGUCUUUGCUGUGGCUGACCAGACCAUUUCCAUCGUCCGCUGACCUUUGGCCAUGGGGAGACCAGGUCUACCUCCCCACCACCCUUUCAGGCCAUGUUUCUACCCAGUGUCUUUUUCCCAGAUGUUGCCAGUGCCCAAUGGGCAGCUUUUAGGAGGGGUUCUGGGUACAACCAUUAAAAGCUGGGCAUCUGUGGGGAACCUGCUACUCUCUGGGCCUUGGUUUCCCAAAUGCACUGUGCAUCUGCCCCUCUGAGGGUGUCUUGUUCACCACUUUAUCUCUGGCAUCCAGCAAGGUACCUGGUGCAUAGUGAGCGUGCGAUAAAUAUUUGGCCAGCAAGUGGACGUAUGGAUGGAUGGAUGGUGGAUGGAUGGAUGGAUGGACAGGUGACUGGAUGCAUGUGGUAGACUCUUCUGGAGCAGCACUGCCCCCAGUAGAUGCCAUUCUCUGGCAGAAAAGCCUGUGGCUGAAGCUCUGUCAUCCCCUCAGUUCAGUGUUUCUCAGUCCUUUUCAUGACAUGGCAUACAGAGGAAAUAUUUUUCUAGCACAAGGACAACCUGGAAGGGAUUUAGAACUCCUGCCAGGCUGCUGUUGGCCAGAGGACUCCAGCCUGUAGGGCUGUGUCCUCACCCAGGUUUUGCGCAGCCACUGGGAAGACUGAGGGGACCCUGUCUCCAGGUAGCCUGGCUGCGGCACACCCAUCGGCAGUGCUGCCUUGGACUAGGCAGGGCUCCAGCCAGCACCCACCCGUGGCAACAGGGACGAGCUUUUUCCCCAACUGCAGCUGACGCGUGCUCCCAACUAAUGCCUUCUCUAACAUAAUGUGGGGACCAGGGUGAGACCUUCAAGCCAGAAAGGGCUGAGGGCCAGCCUUAGGGAACAUGUACAUUAUUAAAGGUUUUCAAAGAUUGAAAAUUUCUUCCAUGUUCUUUGUCGGUAAUGGGGCAAAUCCCCCAGGUGCCAGCUCAGAUCUUAGUGGUAUGUUUGCUGGGAAAGGGAUAUCUUCCUCACCCCCAUCCACAUUCCCAGGUAUAGGCGGGAGGCAGCUCAGCACACACAGCUGAAAGAGCCUGGAGACAGGGUUCUGUGUCCUGCAUUGCAGGGACCAAGGGCAAGUCCCUUCCUGUCCUCUGAGGAGGUCCCUUUAGAACAGUGGUCCUCCCAUUUUGUUUCAUCUGGGAACACAGUUCAAAGGCAGUCUUACCUGUAAGGCUCUUGGGCUCAAAGAUGGGGGCCAGAGCCCUCCCCACUCUUCAGUUGGCUCAAUAAUUUACUUGAAACCCCGGGUGGAUCAAAUCAACUUUUUCAGUUGACAUGACUUCUGAGGGCCUCGCAGCUGUGAAACCACAGCUCAUGACCCAUCUCCUCACUGCCUGACAGCUGGGAAUUAUUGUUGGGUCACCCGGCCUCAGCACCAAGCCCAAGGAAGACUGACCCACGAGGUUUGGCCAAGUCUGAGAAGAGCUUCCCUGCUUUUGCCUGGGCACAGUCUCUGCUCAAACCUGGGUCAGAGCCAAUUUCUUCUACUUGGCACCCAAAGGCCCCCGGGCCAUGCUCCCCCAACCACCAGUCUAACCCCCCACAGCGGUCUUCAGUCCACAGUUUGUGGGCCCUCUGCCCAUCUAUGGGCCACCCCCAGCUCAGGGUCCGCUCCAGGGCCCUCCCCGCCUGUUGGCACCAGAACAUACACUGUGUAUGCCUGUUUGUGUGCUUUUUACCUGGGGUAUCCCCUGUGCCUGGCACUGGGCCAGGCACAGGUGUCCAGUAAAUACGACGUAGAGAGGUGUGUGA